AUGGGGUUACCUGUUAAAGCAAUGACAGAUGCAUUCUUGUCAAAUCCAAAUGCAUGGCAGUUCUUCGUCAACCCGGGUUUUGUUCAUCCUAAAACUCUGGACCCCAACUAUGUCCCCCCAAAUCGGGGUCCCUUGAUGACAGUGCUGUCUAUCCUCAAUAUCAUCCUCACUUUCUUCAUUGUUAUUCCUCGAUUGUACUCGCGACUCUUCAUAGUCCGGAGCUUCAGGCUUGAUGAUUGGCUUAUUAUACCCGCAUUCUUCUCACACCUAGCUAGCACAUUAGUAAUAAUGUACGCCGUCCGUUAUGCCGGUCUCGGAAAACACAUCUACGACUGCACGCCCGCCGAGAUCCUCGAGUGGUACGUCGUGCAGUACGUUCUGGGAAUCACCAUGCUCACGGGCAUAUUCCUCACCCGCUUCAGCAUUCUCUGCUUCAUCAAGUCGUUCAUUGGCCCCUCCGACACGAAGACCAGCAAGGUCAUCAUCGCCGUCCAGGUUAUUAACUGCCUUGUGUGGCCCGCCACGAUGCUUCCCGCCGUGUUUAUGUGUACGCCGGAAUUCAGAACGUGGAAUCUGCCGGUCUUGAUCCUGAGCAAGUGCAUCAGCACAAGCCUGGCAGUUGACCUCCAGAUGUCGGCAUUGGCUAUGGGCUUUGUGGGUGUGGGUGUGGAUAUCGCAUGCUUGGUAUUGCCCAUGAGGGUUGUCUGGAACCUGCGCCUACCGAAGCGCCAGAGAAUCAUUGUCAGCGGCCUGUUUUCCAUUGGUAGCUUGGCCUGUAUCGCAUCACUCUGCAAAGCCGUCUACAUCGCCAAACAGUUGACAAACAGCAACCCAUACGACUUCAACUGGACCUUCGUCCCCGUCUUUGUCUCCGCCGAAUUCGAACAGACCCUCGCGCUUGUCAGUGCCUGCGGCCCCGGUCUCAAGCCUCUCUUCUCCCGCGCCUUCCCGGUGAUCCGCGACACCUUCCUCGGCGGCGCGUCCUGGUUGAGGAGCAGUAAGAACGGCAGCGAGGUAAGCGGCAACAGCUCAAAGCUGCCGCCAUCGUCGGCCUCCUACUCGAGCGAGGGAAAGAAGAGCGCGGAUGGCAGCGAGACGGGCAUGAUCAGGCACUCGGUCACGCAGGGUCUGUGGAGAGGCGAUCUGGAGAGCGGGUAUGGGGUUGCGGGUGUGCCGAGUGUAUGGUUGGGAGAGACGGAGGAGAGCUGGGUGCCUCCGAGGUCGGAGCAGGUGGAAAUUCCGAGGAUUUGGACCGGAGAAGUGGGAGAGAGGGAAGUGACGGCGGUGGUACCACCAGUGUGGUUGGGGGAGCUGAAUUACACGAACGGUGAGGAGCAGGGUGGGUGGAGGGGUGGAAGGGCGAUUUAG